CCGUUGGUCACAUAUCUAAGGUCAAUGACCUGAGGGGAUCAACGCUGCAGUCACGACCCUACAGCAAAACUGCUGAGCAAGCUUUUGAGGCUGGGUACAUUGUAUACCCUGUUCCGCAGCCAGGUACUCGGAUUUGGAUGGGAGGGUGAAGAGAGAUGGUAUGUUAAUUGGCACCUCACCGAGUCGUUGGUCUUUGCUUAUCUACACAUGGUGACAGCUAUACUCGUUGUUAGUAUGUCAUUAUCUCCUGUUAACUUGGUCACACCAGUUCCGCCUGGUCUGCUCAGGCCUGACGAGAGGGGGGGACAGGGGGGUCUGGUGUACCCGGGCCCGCGGCUGUCAAGGGGCCCGGCCUUGUCAUCUUCAAGGGCUUGGUGUGGAGAGUUUGCGAGAUUGCGAUCGAGUGGCUGCUGUGCUCGUGGGUCCAGUUACCGGCCUACUUGUGCGUUGGUCCGUUUCCGAGCUGACACGUGCUUGUUGGUAGCAGACUGGCUGCCAGGGGAAGAACUGAUGGAAUUAGAGACUGUCAGGAGCGACAGCCUGGCGGGUCGUAGGUUGGAUGAAAGCCUCGUCGGUCAAAGAGAAGCCGUGUCCAGUACCUGUGAUAAUAUUACUGAUGGCAACGGUGAUGAUGCGGAGAAAGGUUUGGCGGCUCGCACUGAUGUCGCAGGUGGAAGGUUCUGGGCGAGGAACUUCCGCAAGAAGACGACUGUUGUUGUGUACGCAUUGCUUGUCAUUGGGUACUUCGUGUACUUCACACUGGCUCUGGCCUGGAACUUUCCUCGCGCCAUCCCUCUCCUGUGUCUGACGGUCGUCGUGGUCUGCAGUGUUACCUGCUCACAGGUGGCGCAGGUGGACGUCGUCCUACGAGGUCGUGACUUCAUCCGUCUUGAAGUUCGAGGUCGUCUGAAGUCUCUGCUGGAGCGGAGGGCAGUGCGGCGAUCUUGCUACGGACUUGCCGCAGCCGCCAUGUUGGCGUACAGCAUUGUCAUCAACACGGGGCACCCGGAGAACCUGGUGUCGCUGGCCGGUUUGGUCAUCUUGGUGGUCUUCUGCUGGAUCAUCUCGUACGACAGGCGCAAUGUGUCACUGCGGCCCGUGGUGUGGGGGCUGGCGGCGCAGAUGGCGCUGGGUGCAGUGGUGCUCAAGACGAAGGAGGGUCGAGAGGGGUUUGCGUGGCUGGGGCGUCAGGUGGAGAUUUUCCUCGACUACGUUAUCGCCGGCGUCGUCUUCGUCUUCGGCGACAAUUACAAGGACUUCUUUUUCGCGCUGAAGCUGAUGCCGACUGUCAUUUUCAUCAGUUCUGUCAUCUCCGUUCUCUACUAUGUGGGCAUCAUGCAGAAGAUUGUGAACGUCAUUGCCAUGACAAUGAAAGUUACCAUGGGAACCACAGCUGCAGAAACAGUAGUCACCGCUGCGAGCAUAUUUCUUGGACAGCCGGAAGCCUCUCUGACCAUCCGUCCGUACCUGAGCAAGAUGUCAAGAUCAGAGCUACACGCCAUCAUGACGGCAGGAUUUGCCUCGGUGUCAGCCGACAUCUUUGCCCUCUUUGUCAACUAUGGGGUGUCGUCUGCUCACAUUCUAACGGCGGUGCUGAUGUCGGCACCUGCAGGACUGGCUGUGUCCAAGAUCGUGUAUCCGGAAGUCAGGGGAGGAAAACUCACUCGAGCAGAAGAAAUAGAAGAGGAAGAGAACACAACAAACAAGAGCCAGGACUCGCAGGAGGCGCAAAACAUUCUGGACGCUGCGGCACGCGGCGCGCAGGACGCUGUCGCCAUCAUCUUCGCGGUGGGCGCCACACUCAUCGCCUUCCUCAGUAUCCUAGAGUUCCUCAACGCCGUCCUUAAAUACCUGGGCUCCCUCGUCAACAUCGAGAACCUCACGUUUGAGUUAGCGUUGUCCUAUGUGCUGAUGCCUCUUGCUUUUGUGAUGGGCGUGCCAUGGAAAGACUGCCGCGUUGUAGGGGAAGUAAUCGGUCUGAAGACAGUGCUUAACGAGCUGGUGGGUUAUCAGCGCUUGGGAGAGCACAUCAGUAACAACGCUCUGUCGAGAAAGUCUCAGGUGAUCGCAGUCUACGCCUUGUGCGGCUUCUCCAACCCCACCACUGUCGGCGUCACCCUUGGGGGGCUGGGGGCGCUGAUACCCAGCAGACGACAGGAUCUUGCGUCUCUCGUCAUAUCCGCCUGGGUGGCCGGCUGUGUGGCCUGCUUCAUGACGGCCUGCUUCGCUGGGUUGUUUUACGAGGAGGAGGUGACCUUGACACCAGUAACCAACACCACAACGUUUUUGUAGCCUUUGCAGCUCAGGUAGCUGUCCAGCUGGGAUUGCAGUGGGCAAAGUGCAAACUGAUUAGCCAAAUGGCAUUUAUAAUAAAAUUUACAACUAA